AUGCCGAUACCUAAACGCAAACACUUAGAGGAAGAAGGAAAUGGCUAUUCAUCAUCAUCAUCUUCUUCGUACUCAACAGUAGGAUUUUCAGUGGGAGCCGAUGUCGACAUUUCGUCUGCUUUGACGGGCAAACGCCCCAAGCUGACUGACAACACAGACGAUGACGACCUGUCCAGCUUCCUCCAGGCUUCAAUUGCUAAAAGGUCCAUGAAAGAAGGAACCGCGGUCAUGAAAAAAUCCAAAGGCAAAUCUAAUCUUGCAAAAGGCGAAGUGGGCGGCGGUAGCUUCCAAAGCAUGGGUUUGCACCCAUCGCUUCUACGGUCAUUAACUUUGCAGGGGUAUCGUACUCCAACGCCGAUACAGCGUCUCUCUAUUCCGGCACUAUUGGCCAAUCCUCCUCGGGAUCUUGUCGGCAUGGCGCGUACUGGUUCAGGAAAGUCUCUAGCCUAUAUGAUUCCUCUUGUGAACAGACUGGGGGGCCGUCACUCCACAUCAUUUGGUGCCAGAGGUCUCAUCUUGCUUCCAACUCGUGAAUUGGCACUGCAAGUCCUGAGAGUUGGGAAAGAACUGACCAGAGGGUUUCAGACUGGCAGAGGUGAACAUGCUGGGGACAAAGCCAACGAAGAUUCCAAGAAGGGAGAAAGUUUACGCUGGGGUCUGGUUGUCGGAGGCGAGAACCUUGACGAACAAUUCGAGAUGAUUACGAGCAAUCCUGAUAUCAUUAUUGCCACACCUGGGCGCCUACUCCAUCUCAUUGUCGAGAUGGACCUAGAUCUCAAAGCCGUGGAGUGCGUUGUAUUUGAUGAGGCCGAUCGUUUGUUCGAAAUGGGUUUUCAAGUCGCGUUAAAUGAAAUUCUUGGCCGCUUACCUACGACGCGACAAACUAUUCUCUUUUCUGCGACUUUGCCUAAAUCACUUGUCGAGUUCGCGAAAGCCGGUCUGCAAGAUCCCAAAUUAGUGAGGUUAGAUUCCGAAAGCAAGAUCAGCCCAGACCUGAAAAUGGCCUUUUUCUCUGUUAAACAAGCUGAAAAAGAUGCAUGUCUACUAUCACUUCUCCGCGACAUAAUCAAAGUACCGUUCGGCUCUACCCAUGUCAAAACACUUGACGACGACCCUAACUUAACAAAUCGUAAACGCAAACACGCGGAACAAUUCACCUCUCCUCAUCAAACUCUAAUAUUUACCGCUACUAAGCACCACGUCGAAUACCUCUUGAAUUUAUUGACUGCUGCGGGUUAUUCUGUAUCGCAUAUCUACGGUUCUCUCGACCAGGCAGCUCGUACCUUCCAAAUGGACCAAUUCCGUCGCGGCGUUACGAGCAUUCUCGUGGUUACAGACGUUGCCGCUCGUGGUAUCGAUAUCCCAGUCCUUGAAAAUGUCGUGAACUACGACUUCCCUCAAGGAGCGAGAGUUUUCGUUCACCGCGUUGGAAGAACUGCUCGCGCAGGUCGCCAAGGUUGGGCAUGGUCAUUUGUGACCAAUACCGAACUACCGUACCUGCUAGACCUUCAACUGUUCCUAGGAAGACCAUUGAUCAACGACGUAAAUGAACAGGGCGAACAUGUUUACACCGAAUCUCUCGUUUUAGGAAAUUUCCAGAGGGAAAAAAUUGACGAAGAUGUCGAAUAUAUCCGUUCUCUUGACACUGCCGUACAUUCUUUGCCUGUUCUUCGCGAAGUUAUGAAACGUGGUCAUACAAUGUACGAACGCAGCAAAGGACAAGCUAGUCCACAGAGUUAUAAACGCGCGAAGGAAAUUAUUAAAGACCCAAAAUGGUUGUUGGCUGGAUCGCACUCUGGUAUACACCCUGUGCUGUUACGAGGUCCCGGGGCUGAUGAAAAGCGACAGCUGGAGGAUACGAGAAAAAGCUUGCUCAACCUUGUCAACUCGUUCAGCCCCUCAGAGACAGUAUUUGAGGUAACAUCAAAAGGUGGCAGUGAAAAUGCGGCUUUGAUGAAAGAGCGAAGGAAGGCGCUGGAAAAAUCUAACCAGCGAAGGAUCGUGAAUGCCUCAAUAUUGGAACAAGGACCAGAGGAUGAAGGGCCCAUUCCCACGCAAAAUGUAGAAAUGGCAGAUGAAAGCGACAUUGUGGCCGUUUUUGGUUCCGGAGAUGCUAAGAGAUGUUUUCGCGACGAGGAUUUCUAUUUAUCACAUUACCAAAAGGAUGCAAACACAGAGAAGGGUUAUUCUUUGACCGAUGGGGCGUCCUCGUUCAUCAGGCAAGCGUCCAAAGUUGCGUUUGAUCUCACCAAUGACGAGGGGAAGGCAGAAAGGAGUAGCAAUUAUCAGACAUGGGAUAAAAAGAAGAAGAAGUUCAUCCAAGGAGAUGGUGCUGGUGCCGAUAACGUUAAAAUGGUGCGCACGGAAAACGGUACUCGUCUUCCAGCGACGUUCCGUAGCGGGCGGUUUGACGAAUGGAAAAACAAGAGCCGAGUGAGCUUGCCUAGAAUAGGAGAGGUGGAAAAUUUGUCUUCCACAAAUAAGGCUUCAGGACCUGGAGGCCGUCGCUUCAAACAUCACAAGAUCAUCGAGGCCAAACCUCUCAAUAAGCAGAACACUGAUUAUGACCGCAAGAUCCGUCAAUUGAAGAAGAAGAGCGAAAAUGCAGAGUCAUCUGGAAGCAUGGCUUCACAACACACCUCUGGUAACAGGUUGGGAGGUCGCCGUGGAUCUACUGGUAAGACAUACGGGCGCGUCAAGACCGAACUGAAGACGGCGGAACAGAUCAGAAAAGAUCGGAAGAUCAUGGAAAGGCGCAAGGCGAAGAAUGCACGCCCAUCGAAGGCAGGAAGGAAGAAAGGAAAGGGCCGGCAUUAA